AUGGACCCACUCGUUGCUCUCCCUCACGAGCUCGUCCUGCGGAUCCUCACCUACCUCGACCUGCCUGCCCUCACCAAAGUAGAACUCUUGUCGCGCACUUGGAAUGCCCUUUCGAAGUUUCACAGCCGACUGCUAUGGGCAGCUCAAGCACAAGCGAUGGACGAUGAGAAGAUGAGAGUCACAGGUCUUGAGGCAAGGCAAGUGGGUGUUACUGAUGCGGAUCUCUCGGCCGCCAUUGAUCAGAAAGCUUGCGCCAUGCGCGAUACUUGGACUGGGAUUGGCGAUUGGAAAGAGUACUGCAAGCGCCAGUAUCUGAUCACAUCCAAUUUGGCUAGAGAACACCCUAGCUUCGUGUCCCAGGAAUUCAGAACCGUCGAUGCCUGGCGCCUGAGAGUAGACUACGAGGCUCGCCUGCUAAUUGUCACCAGCAUUCGAGGCGGGCUCUUCGUCUACGAUCUCGACAGCUCUCCUUCCACUCCCGAGCUACUCUGGAGCAGGAAUGGUGAAGAGAUCGGACCCUAUGCCCAUCUCGAGUACAGUAAGGGCACACUGGCCACGAAUCCUUCUGUGGAGGGUACUAUUGAGAUAUGGCGCAGAACCGAGCUUAUCGGGGCAGAGAAGCUUCGAGCUCUUGGGCACAGUAUCAAUGACCCAGAUUCCGGGAGAAGCACAGGUGCCAGAGACACUAAGCAAGCACGAAUAAGUCCAGGCACAUUCACUCGGCUUGGACGCCUUCCGCACGAUAAUUCAGUCCGAGGCUUUCACUUGCGGUACCAUACUCUCUGCGUCGUUUCCGAAAUGAGACGGGCUUGGGUAUGGGACCUCUCGACUGAUGAUCCUGCUCUUGUUCGCGAGCUCGAGAUCGAAGAAGGCGCCCAAGGUCACCUGGAGCAAGACGACGAUGUUGUGAUGUUCGCAAUGACAGACGGCUAUCACAUCUUCAACAAGGCUACUGGGCAAAUGCUAGGCAAGAUUCGAUACAUGCCUGAUUUGACAGCGAGAAACUUCUCUCAUCUCAACAAUCCGCCGCGCUUCAAUGCGUGGCCUCACCAACGUGAGACUCGGAAGAAGAAAGAUACCCCCAUACCGCUCGACGAUCGACACAUCUCCCUCGAGCUGAAGCCAGGCACAAGCAGCGACGAGUCGCAUCUCUGGGCAGAGAGUUUGGGUGACAUGGCGAGUCAGGAGUGGGGAGCUGGUAUGCUCUGCGGAUCGAUCAUGGUAGGCGUCUCCAAAGAGGGCUUCACCGUCAUUGUCAGCGAUUGGCCGCGCCUCCUCAAGAAUCAGGUGAAGGCUGCGGAUGUCGUCUCCUUCAUUGAGUGCGAUCCACAGGAUUCUGACCGCGAAGUGAGUGCUACUGUCGAACAAGACGAGGCCGGUCGUUCAUCUCGGGCUAUUGGCGAAGAGGUUUCGAUUCAAGAGAGGCAGAGAAAAGUACAGGGGUGA